GGGCCGGGACGAGGCAUGCGGGACGGGGAGACUCGCGAUCGCGUUCUUCCCUCAUCGAGAGGCCCGCUGCAUGCCGCGCCUGCACACGUCGCUGCUGGUCGCCUCGCCCACCACAUCCUCCGCCGCUCGCUGUGUGCGCCCUGCGGGAGGCCUCCUCCUCUUCAUAGUUCCGGGACUUGCCGUCACGGCCCCCGCGUGCGCGCGUCCUUUGAGGGGAGCAAUCCAAUGACGGAAGCGCCACGCCCGGCGCGGCGGAGGAGGUAUUAGUGGACCCCCUCCUCGCGCAGCCUUUGCGGGCGCAUGCUUGGGGCGCCCGCGAAUGGGGCGGGCGCGCUGCGGGAGUCUCAAUGAUCGGCUAUAAUCUGUGAGUGUCCGAGAGCACUCCCACCUAAGAUGGUCGAGACAAUCAGUCACCGACGCAUGUAACGUUUGUGUGAAUAAGAAUAUGUUG